AUCACGCAAAAUGUGAUGACGUGUGACGCAUGCAUCCGCAUACACCCCGUGUGUACAGUUCAAACCACCGUGCGAUCUCAGUUAGUCGUUCACAAACUCGACAGAAGUCGGUCGUUGGAGGACUUAGUGCAUUUUACCGGCUUUAUAAUCACUCGGACUUGAAGCAACAUGGCAAACGGUCACGUGACGAUCCAUGACCCCCUGUCCAACCACAACAACCUCACCAGCAGCACAGACUGCGACCUCAACUCUACCUCAGGUCGGGACAGCAUGGGGGACACCGUGGAGCUCCGGCUGAUGAUGGCCUAUGCAGCAAGGAGGCGGCCAAAUCGGAAGGUCGAGUCUCCUACACAGGACAGCCCGAGUGCACCAAAUGGAGUUGCACAUUCAAACGGACCAUCGUCACCUCCGACUCCAGACAAGACUGAAGAAGAGGGGGAGGAGACGAAGAAGAAGAAGAGGAGAAAAAAGGGAUUUAGAAGUUUGAUGAAACUUUUGCCCUGCAUCAAACCUCAGACAGACGACAAAGAACUUGCCCAAAGUCCUGAAGACACACCUGAUGUCACAACCAGAUGUUUAAUUAUAGAGGAUCCCAAAGAUGUCGAAGAUGAAGAAAAGGAUGAGUUGGAAAAGGUGGCAGAGCGACUGACGGAGAUCGCCGAUGAAAUCCCGUUCACUCCUCCAGAGCUGGAGUCAGAUGCACCAGAAGAUGAAAUGGAGAAAGUGAUCGGGCUGCUGCUGAGGGACGCUGGGGACCGACUGAACGAGAGGGAGCUGAGAGAUGCCAACAUCGCUGCAGAGCUCUUCUGGAACUACAGUUUCUUUGAGAAGCUAGUAAAGACCCUUCUCAUCAGGAUGGGCCUCAUUAGCCCUGAACCCGACACUCUGGGGCCACAAGCGUCCCCCAAAACCCAGAUCGCUGUGACCUGUGAGGUCACCAGUCGACUGUCGGCAGUGAACACGCUGCCCAUGAGCCGGAUGCUCGAUCACGGAGCCAGAUAUCUGCGGGAUCAUUAUUCAUCCUGGGCUCAGCAGGAGGGAGGAUAUGAGGACGUUUUUCACAGUGACGAUGAAGAUGAAGUCCACUGAAACUUGCCACUUUGUUCCUUCAGCUUCACUCGAUUCCCCCAGUCUGACUUUAAGUGGAGAGUUGUAGCAUCCCACCGUUAGCACACCUCACCUGUACAUAUGUGUCAACUCUGAAAUCACUCUUAUCGAGGUGUCACGGGUGCUUCAAGAGCUUUACAUUUGGCAGGAUCAGCCAGUUCAGUUUACAUGCACAUGAAACAAGACCUGAUGAGCAUUAACAUGUCUGUAUGCAUUGUAAGAAUAUUAAAACGUGAUCCUGCCGACUGACAUCUUAUGUGCUGAAGACUUUCAGGGACCCAGAGCCAAAGAAACAGCAGUUUGUGCCAGUGAACUACAGAAUCGUGAUUUUAAAUUUUGUGAUAUGAAGCUGCAGAAUUCCUGCUGAAGUUUAUUAGACAAAAAUAAUAUAUUUUUUUAAGAUGAAUGAUUACUGUCAGCAUUUGCACUUUUUCAGCAGGGAUGGGGCCAAGUCGGUUGUAGUUUUUAUUUUAUGUAAUCGAUAUAGUUAUUCGCUACUAUAUGAUUGUUUUAGUUUUAGUAAAUUUAGCUACAACAUGAGUAUGUGAUUAAAAAAAUAUGCUGUAUCUCUGAAGCUCCAUGUUUUCUAUUUUGUUCUUUAUUCUUUCUAUUUAUAAAAAGAUUUGUUAUUGCAACUGAAUGAAAGAAAAACGGACACUUGAUUUACACCACGAGAUAAAGUCAUAAUGUGUCAUUGUAAAUAAUAUGAUAGUAUUAACUACAUCAUUGCCUUGUAUGCAAAAAAAGAAAAUGAAAUAAAGGCCUUUACUUUUUUACAACGUUA